AUGUCCCUGCAGAAUGAUACCGACCCGGCGACAAACUCCGGCUACGGCAGUUCCGACGAGACGGCCUCGCUGCUGGUAAUGUCGGCCAACAACAGCAGCAGCACAACGACCACGUCCGGUUCGAGCAUCAUCUCGACCAUCAACCGACCGAAGAUCGUGUCGCACUCAUCGUUCAACGGGCCGACGGGUGGUGGCAGUGUUGGAUCGGCCGGUGGCCUCGUCGUGUCGGCGGCCAUGCCCGGCCCAAGCAGCAUAGCGGUGGUCCCCGUCGGUGGGCUAACCUCGAACAAGCCGACACUGAUGAGGCAGGACCGUACCUCGUCCUAUCUGGCCAGCCCGCAGCUGUCCGGAACGGGGUUGGGCGGCUCGGAGGAGAGCGCCACGGGCGAGGACGACCAGCAGAACGCCCGUUCCGUGCCGGACAUCGAGCUGCACUGCCGGCUGGAUGCGCCCGCCAUCGCCGUCUCCGCCUCCUGUCACAGCGAUGGCGGCCGAAUCGCGGUGGCCAACUCGGGCAGUCCCGGCGGCGGCAGCGGCUACCAGCUGAUCCCGUACAACAGAUGUCGCGCGUGUCGCAACUGUGAUAGACGUGCCUCGACUACGCCGAUGUCCUCGCUGCAGCUGACGCGCUCCGUGUCGAAGGAGAGCGUCCGGAGUGCGCUCCACAGCCGGCUCACCGUGCAGCACUCGGCGAUUCCGCCCGUCCUGAUCACCUCAUCGCCGACGUCCGGCUCCCGUAUCAUCCGCCAGAGCUCGCAGCCCGAGGCGAGCACACUGUCCUGCUGUGCCAGCCAGUGUGCGCAUGCCUGCUCCAUGCCGAGCUCCUCGCUGCGGCAGCUUCGCGAACCCGGAGACGGCAUCGCUGGCAUCGCGGCCGACUCCAUGCGCAUCAACGGCGGCAUGCGGCAGUUCAAGCAGCUCCGAAAGCCUGUGUCCACGUUGUCGAUUCCCGGCUCGAUGAAGACACCGUGCGCCGGUAAUCGGGAAACAGUAUCGGCUGCAUGCACAGAAGAAGCCGGCAUCGCGCUCGUGGGCGUACACUCAGAGUAUCCCAGGUACAUGGAGGAGCGAGGCCUGGGUGGCGGCGUCUGCAAAGGUCCCGGCACGAUACAAGGUGGCCCCGGUCAGAAGCACAAACCGAAUGUAGGAUACCGGUUAGGCCGCCGGAAAGCGCUGUUCGAAAAGCGGAAGCGCAUCAGUGAUUACGCCCUCGUCAUGGGAAUGUUCGGCAUAAUUGUGAUGGUGAUAGAAAACGAAUUAAGUAGCGCUGGUGUAUAUAAUAAGGCAUCUUUUUAUUCGACCGCUUUAAAAACGUUAAUAUCCGUAUCGACUGUGAUUUUACUAGGGCUUAUCGUAGCCUACCACGCCUUGGAAGUUCAGCUUUUUAUGAUAGACAACUGUGCAGAUGACUGGCGAAUAGCGAUGACCUGGCAGCGAAUGAGCCAAAUAGCUUUAGAAUUACUAAUCUGCGCGGUGCAUCCCAUUCCAGGUCAAUAUUAUUUUCUAUGGACUACCAAAUUAGCUAAUAAGAACAAAGCCAUCGGGGGUGAACUAGUUCCGUACGACGUCGCGUUAUCUUUGCCAAUGUUCCUUCGUUUGUACCUGAUAUGUCGUGUGAUGCUGUUACAUUCGAAACUAUUUACCGAUGCCUCGUCUCGUAGUAUAGGUGCGCUAAAUCGAAUCAAUUUCAACACUCGAUUUGUGCUGAAAACACUAAUGACAAUAUGCCCUGGGACGGUUUUACUAGUGUUUAUGGUUUCACUGUGGAUAAUCGCAUCGUGGACCCUUCGGCAGUGCGAAAGAUUUCACGACGAGGAGCAUGCCAAUUUAUUGAACUCCAUGUGGCUAACCGCGAUCACGUUUCUCUGUGUCGGUUAUGGAGACAUCGUCCCGAAUACGUACUGCGGAAGGGGGAUCACGCUCACCUGCGGAAUGGUGGGAGCCGGCUGCACCGCACUCCUGGUGGCGGUCGUUUCCCGGAAGCUCGAGCUGACGCGAGCCGAGAAGCACGUGCACAACUUUAUGAUGGACACGCAGCUCACCAAGCGGCUGAAAAAUGCAGCAGCCAACGUAUUGCGAGAGACAUGGCUCAUCUACAAGCACACUCGACUAGUAAAACGCGUUAAUCCCGGGCGGGUACGAACGCAUCAGAGAAAGUUUCUUCUGGCCAUCUACGCCCUUCGAAAAGUCAAAAUGGAUCAGCGCAAACUAAUGGACAACGCGAACACCAUCACCGACAUGGCAAAGACACAAAACACGGUGUACGAGAUCGUAUCGGAUAUGUCCACCAGGCAGGACACGCUGGAGGAGCGCAUAACCAGCCUGGAGGACAAGUUAACAUCGCUUCAGACACAAAUCGAGAAUCUUCCGGAAGUGCUAACACGCUGCCUCACGCAACACCAGGAGCGGGUCGAUCAGCGCCGCAACUUCCUGCACCCGGACGCCGCGGCCACCGGCUCGUCGUCCGGUUUGCCGACGCCGGCGCCACCCCUCGGCUCGCCGUUGAUGCUGCCGCACUCCAGUUUCUCUUUUAGGAGCGUCCCGUCGUCCUCGACACCGGCCUACCCGUGGCCGGCCAGUCCAAUCCUGCCGCCCAUCUCGAGUCGGACGCCCCAUCUGGUGCCGGAAACGCUGCUGCCCCCGGCGACGACAGCGACGGCGACGACGACGAUCGGCGGCCAUCCACCGGUCGCGUCCUCGUCGUCGAUGGCGCUGGCGGCCAACAAUGUCGUCGGCACGCAACCGCCGCCACAGUAUGGCGGCUACCACACGGCCCACAACGCCACCCAGUGCACCAACACCGGUGACACGCCGCUAGGCUGCCACCGUCCCAGCAGCUGAAUCGAACCACCACCCGAUCCCAACCACAACCCACCACUACCACCACCAGCAGCACCACCCGUGCACACCCGGUCCCCGCACAACCCGCACCACGACGAGCCGCCGGCGUCCGAGUCUUUCCAUUCCGACCUGUUCCGCUCGUCCUCCAGCAGCUCGGCGGCGAGCUGCUACGGUGCCGCGUCCGGUGCCGCUCCCGCAAGCAAGUUCACCAAGCAACGGGAACGGGCCACCCGGUUCUAGGUAAACAUAAACCAAACAAAAAAAAUCACAGAAAUGACAGCAGCAACAGGAACAAUAGCGGAAGCAGCACUCGCGGGCGACGAAAACGAAACGAAGCCCAAGGGCCACGUGGAAAAGGAAAAAAGACUAUUUAGAGAAGUAUAAGCGACAAGCCCGUAGAGUUAGCGAAGCGAAAACCAGAAACUAAUAGCGCGGGACACUGCUUUACAGUGUCCGGCCGUAGGAGAUAAGUGGUAGUAGCUAGUACUACCGUUAGUUAACCCAUUAUCUACGGGAGAAGCCUGCGUAAGCAAACGGUGACGAGGGAGCAACUAACACUGCGGGCAAGGAGGGCAGAACAAUUCACUAGCGAGUACACACUAGACAGGCUCGUAAGUGAAAUGGCGCGAGAGUGACCGCGUGUAGAACGGUUCGAUUUCAUCGAGCGUUAUACUUCAUAGCAGUAGACAAAGGUAGAGUUAUUCUAUACAGACGAAGGUUUACUCUCCGCGCAGGCCAGAAUGCACCACGUGGUCAUUAAUAGACACCGGAUGAAUAUAGGCAUUACGUGUAGUAGGAUUCCCGGACAGACCGAUGACACUUCUGCGUGCGAAGCCGCGGCUGGCCACUCGUAGUGAAACUGAAACAUUAUUUUCUAUCGUUAGAAUUAGUAAUAGCAGAAGGAUGGGGGACGAAAAACCUAUAGUUUGCGUUGCCUUAAAGUGCAAUAUAAUGUCACAAACCACAUACUCCACUCUCCACCUAACAGAUAGUAUAAAACGGUUACGGAAAUUAUAACGAAUUUAUCGACUGUUGCCGAUCGAUUGCCGGUGUGACGCGAUUCACGCGACCCUCCCGCACUGGUGGAAGAGCAGGGCCGGGGAACUACUCUCUAAAAGGUCUUAUGUGCUGCGAGAUAUUGCAAUCGAUACUUACAUUAAACUAAACACAGACACCCACAACAACAAGGCAUCAAUCAUAGAGCAAAGUCGCCCGGGACCGGUUUCGUGCAGCAUGAUUUUUAUCAAAACGAAAAGAAGUAGAUGAAGACUAGAAUCGAUAGCGUACACUCUAGGCAUGAUAGAAUCGAUAAGACAUCCAAAAGACAGAGUAACUAAACGGAAGCAGCGGGGACAGCGCUUCCCGUCCAACGGGGAAACUAAUGGGAAGCAGAGCCGAAUUGCGCAGUGAGCGCACGCUUUGGUGGCUUAUUUCAAAGCCAACACCCGGACGGCCCCUGGAAGAUAAAGAGAAAGGACGAAGAAAAAAUACAACAAUAUAGCAGUGGACGGUUUUCCAAACGGAUAUGAUAGAACACAAUAGCUCAUAGGCUUAAGUAUCGAAAGUGCAGCAUAGCUGACAGCUGGUGUACGAGAAGGAGGACAGAUACUGAAACAAUAAGAUCACUGUAACAACAAAGCGGCAUUUAGAAGUCCAAUCGAAGUGAAAACAGAUCGUUUGCCAUGUUUUUUUUUUUAUUUUUGUUCUAGCAACCCGCUCGUAGCUGAUGUGGAAAAAGCAUGACGUUAUUUUUGUGUUUUGUCUACAUUUGAGCAAAUUGUUUAUGUUAUGGUUUAUUAUAUGUUAUUUUUGUUACCAGUCAUGUUCACUUAAAAUAAACAAAAAGAAAAUAAAAUACUAUUAGAAUUAAUU